AUGGCUGCGUCCUCACCCUCCGCCAGCACCGGCAACUCGAUGCUGGCAGGCCUCAACUGCACAGACAACAUCCAUCUCGUCGUCGGCACAAACCCACUGGCCGCAGCUCGAUGCACGCAGUCUCUCGCCGCCGGGGCGCAUCCCAUCGUCGUUGCGCCGCAGACGGCCGAGCUACACUAUGGCCUGCAGCGCAGGAUCGACGACGGCAGCGUCAAGUGGGUGCGCGAGGCCUUUGCCGACGAGCAUCUGUUUCGGCUGGGCAGACAAGAGGUGGGAGGCGUCGUUGAUGCCGUCUUUGUGACGGCCGCGGGAGCCCGGGAAGAGCUGGGCCCUCACAUCUCCUCCCUCUGCAAGCGCAACCGCAUCCCCGUCAACGUCGUCGACGCCCCCCAUCUCUGCACCUUCUCCCUCCUCUCCGUCCACUCCGACGGCCCCCUCCAGAUCGGCGUCACCACAAACGGCCGAGGCUGUAAGUUGGCCUCGCGCAUCCGUCGCGAGAUCGCCUCCUCCCUGCCGCUCAACCUGGGCGCGGCCUGCCAGCGCUUCGGCGAGGCCAGGCGACGCAUCCAGCAGCACGACGACGACGACAACGACAGGAACGGCUCGUCAGAGACGGCGCUGCUGGGCGACCUCGACGACUCAGUCGACCAGAGCGCGCUCUUCAACAAGCUCGUCACGGAGGAGGAAGACGUGCGGCGCAACAGGCGGAUGCGCUGGCUCAGCCAAGUCUGCGAGUACUGGCCCCUCAAGAAGCUCGCCUCCGUGGCCGACCACGAUGUCGACCGCCUGCUAGAAGCCUACGCCGCAGCAGGCACAACCGCAGAAAACCCCCGAGACGGCGACAUGAAAGACUCCAGCAGCCCGGGCCUUUUUCGUCCCAAGGGCAGAAUCAUCCUCGCCGGCAGCGGCCCGGGACACCCCGACCUGCUCACGCGCGCAACCUACAACGCCAUCCAGACAGCCGACCUCAUCCUCGCGGACAAGCUCGUGCCCUCGGGCGUCCUGGACCUCAUCCCGCGCCGCACGCCCGUCGAAAUCGCCCGCAAGUUCCCCGGCAACGCCGAGCAGGCCCAGGACGAGCUGCUGGCCGCCGCCCUCGCCGCCGCCUCCGCCGGCAAGACGGUGCUCCGCCUCAAGCAGGGCGACCCCUUCAUCUACGGCCGCGGCGGCGAGGAGCUCGCCCACUUCCGCCGGCACGGCUUCGACGGCCCCGGCGCCGUCACCGUCCUCCCCGGCGUCACCAGCGCCCUCAGCGCCCCCCUGUUCGCCGCCAUCCCCGCCACCCAGCGCGACGUGGCCGACCAGGUCCUCAUCUGCACCGGCACCGGCAAGAAGGGCAAGGCUCCCGCGCCGCCCGAGUACGUGCCCUCGCGGACAGUCGUCUUCCUCAUGGCGCUGCACCGUAUCGUCGGUCUCACAUCAUCCUCCUCCUCCUCAAGAGCCCUCUGGCCGCUUUCCACCCCCUGCGCCGUCAUCGAGCGCGCCAGCUGCCCCGACCAGCGCGUCAUCCGCACCACCCUCGCCCAUGUCGCCGAGGCCAUCGAGGCAGAGGGCAGCCGGCCCCCCGGACUCCUCGUCGUGGGCCGCUCGUGCGAGUUCUUGCAUCCUAUGGAGAAGGGCAGGGCGUGGGCCGUCGAGGAAGGUUUCAGGGGGCUGGAUGAACUCGGGGGAGGAGGAGGGAUGAUGGCUGCGGUGGAGGGGUUGGUGAUGGGGACGUAA